AUGAAGGCAUACUGGUUCGACAACGAGCCUGGCGACCAGCGCGAACCUCACGACUCGGGCCGUCCCGUGGACGAAGCCUACCUGGCUUCGCUUGGUGUCCUCUACCGUCGCUGCCCCGAGGUUGCUCAGGUCGAUGCCAUUGCCAAGGAACGCGGCUACAAGAACCGCGAUGAGAUCACCGUCUCCCCUGAGAAGAUGGGCGCCGUCUACGAGGAGAAAGUGAAGUCCUUCUUCCAAGAGCACCUGCACGAGGACGAGGAGAUUCGCUACAUCCUGGACGGAGAUGGCUUCUUCGAUGUCCGCGGCGUCGACGACGAGUGGGUGCGUAUUCGUGUCGAGAAGGAUGAUCUCAUCAUUCUGCCGGCGGGCAUCUACCACCGCUUCACGACCGACAACAAGAACUAUAUCAAAGCCAUGCGCCUCUUCCAGGACGAGCCUAAGUGGACUCCGCUCAACCGCGGCCCCGAAGUCGAUGCCAACCCUCACCGAAAGGCCUACCUCGAGUCGAGAGGCGCUCAUCCUGUUCCUGCCAACUAA